UGUUUUGAAAUGUUCCGUCCGUCAGUCUACCGGAAGUAGUUUCGUACUUUUGGUUAGUUGCAUACUCGUCCUUCUUAAAGUUGCUGGCUUCCUUACAUUUUAUGUUGCCAUAAUCGGGUUUAUAAUUUAAGGGAGGAUUUGAAAUGACGGCUGUGCUGAUGCUCAUAUACGGUGGUCUCUCAUUCCUUUCGGUCGGUGGUACACUCUCCAAAACAGAUGCCAAGAAGUCACUCAAAACUGAAAUCGCUGACACUUCAGCAGUGGAGAAGCCUGUGCAAGAGAGAGGAUUGGCGCUGUAUGACCCUGCAUGGAGAGACAUUGUGCGGGAGGAAAGGAGAUAUUGUCCACAGAGUUGUGCUCUCCGUCACUUCCAGGGGACAGUUCUGGCAUACGUCACACCGUGGAACUCACAUGGUUAUGACAUCGCCAAGGUUUUCAGCUCCAAGCUGACCUCAGUUUCACCUGUGUGGCUGCAGUUGAAGCGUAGAGGUCCAGAGAGCUUCCAAGUGACUGGCCUGCAUGACCAUGACCCAGGCUGGGUCAAAGCUGUGAAGAAGGGGAACAAGAAAAUUAGGAUAUUGCCCCGUCUGUUGUUUGAUGGCUGGUCAUAUCAGGAUUACAUACAUGUUCUGGACAGUGAAGAUGAAAUUGAAGAGCUGGGGAGAGAGCUGGUGGAUGUGGCCAAGGCUGAAGGCUUUGAUGGCUUUACAUUGGAGAUGUGGAGCCAGCUGGGAGGAAGCAAGAGGAAGGAACUCAUUCACCUGGUUACACACAUGUGUGAGGCUCUUCAGGCACAGAAACUCACCUGUAUGCUGGUCAUCCCUCCUGCUGUGUCACCUGGCUCCGGCCAGCCAGGGAUGUUUGGUAGGAAGGAGUUUGAGCAGUUAGCCCCUGUGGUGGAUGGAUUCAGCCUGAUGACCUACGACUUCUCCAGCCCUGGGAGGCCCGGCCCCUGCUCCCCAAUACCCUGGGUGCGAGAAUGCGUGCUCCAACUGGCCCCUCAGACUCAGUGGCGACAUAAGAUCCUGCUGGGACUCAACUUGUACGGAAUGGAUUUCUCCAGCCAGGGAGGGGCAGAGCCGCUGUUGGGGAACAGGUAUAUUGACUUACUGAGGGAGGUGAAGCCCAGGUUAUUCUGGGAUGAGCAAGCUGCAGAGCACUACUUCAACUACAAGAGAAAGGAGAACAAACAUGUGGUUUACUACCCAACUCUGAAGACGCAUGACGACUUUUAAGACGGUGACGUCUGAGGGAUCGGAGAUCACGCGUAUUCAGAAGUGGUUUUCAGCCUUGCCCUUUGUACACUGAGAUUUAACUGGAUUCCUUGAAUCUUUUAAUUAUAUUGUGCACUGUAGAGGGUGAAAUGCCCAAAAUCCUACCGAUUUGUCUUUGGUGAAGGUUGUUCUCAAACUGCUGGAUUAUUCACUGACGCAUCUGUUGGCAAAUUGGCGAGCCUCAAGCCAUUCUUGCUCAUGAAGAACUAGGCCUUUCUUGGAGGCUCCUUAUAUACUAUAACACGAUUGCCUCACCUGUUUCACAUCACCUGUAUCACAUCACUGUGAUAUUUCAACUUGCCACAUUGUUAUUAGUCCUAAAUUACCCGUCCAAUCUUUAUUGGAACGUGUUGCAGGCAUAAAUU